AUGGUCAAGCGCUCAGCGGAAAUCGAGCCAGACGUAGAGGCGGAUGAGCGACAUCAGGAAGCAGCCGCUCCCGGAAGAGGCGCGAAGAGAGCGAGGAUCGAGAUCCAGGCCGAUCUCGACCCAUUCGCCAUUUCUGAUCAAUGCGACCGCCCACCACAAUACCCCGCUCUCUUCAACCCGCUGUACUCGACCUGGCGGCCCAAUCCGCUUCCCGCCCGGCCGUUCCGGACCCACUCCGCCCCGUCCUCCCCUACCUCACCUACCAGCUCGGCCCGCUAUGACCACAGCAGUCUCACUGGCAGCCUCGAUCUCGCCUCUUCAACCUCUACGAAACACUCCAUUGCCACCCUCAGUUCCGAAGGCUCGGUAGUUGACCUCGAUGUCGACUUCAGCCUGGACUUCGCGGCGCUAGACCUAGCUGGACAGUCUGAACCGGACGAGUCUGGCUCGGUCGAUCAUCGGCAGCGACGGCGCCUACUCGGCCGACCAUCUUCGGACAGACGAGCUUCAGCCGACCACGCACCCACAGCGACGCCCGCUCUCGCACCAAUCACGCCCACCACCGUCAUUUCCACGGCUGACCCGGGGUUCAUCGUCAUAGUCAGCUCGACAAGGUCUUGCCUAGCCUGA